CUGCCAUUCAAAUUCGAGUCGCCGAAAGAUGCACUCCAUUCAUUCUUCCCCAUCUCCGGAAAGGACCUGGCUGACUACUCUUAUACUAUUCUAACGUUCGACGCCGAGCUCAAUCCCAGGUAUAUCGCCGUUACUCCUUUGCUGUUCUUCCAAGUCCCUCGACUCCCUCCCCUAUCCUCUAGCUCCAUCGCACUGCGACCGGCCUUUCAAUCCUCCCUCCCGCAAUCUCCCCACCUCUGCCCAAGAGCUCAAGAGCCAAGAGCCCAAGAAAAUGGACAUCUCAUGCCAAUGCGGCGCCGUGACCUUCCGCACAGCAACACCCAGCCCCCUCUCCGUCUACUUCUGCCACUGCACCCAGUGCCGCCGCCAAUCGUCCUCUGCCUUCGGCAUCUCGGCCGUCUUCCCCGCCUCCGCCCUGCCCGUCUUCCCCGACUCGGGCGCCUCCUAUUCCCCGGACCUGCGCGCCCGCCUGGACGUCUUCACGCGUCCGGGCAACGCCGGCCGCACCCUGGACUGCUACUUCUGCCGCUCUUGCGGCGCCCGUGUCGUGCACCGCGGUCGCGCCCCCGAUGGCUCUCCCCUGCCGACGGCCAAUAUCAAGGGAGGGCUCAUCGAGGGCCUGGACCUGAAGGGUGCUUCGCAUAUCUGGACUCGGGAGGCCGUCGUGCCCAUUCCUGACGGGGCCGUCAGUUGGCCCGAGUCUCCUCCUGCGUAAGUUGUAACUAGGCGCAAGAUUGGGCAACGGGUUGGGGAGAGCAAUGCGAAGCGGG